CUUCAAAUAAUAAUAUAUAAGAUGGCGCUGUGCUUAUUUUGAAAUCGCGUAGUGUGUUUUCGGUUAACUGUCACGUUGCUUUAUUGGGAAUAUGGAAAUGAAGUUUAAAAGUAAAAGUUAUUAUUUUUAAUUUUUAACAGUAAAUUCAUAAAGCGAUUUAAAAGGACAAUAUGGACGUGAGGUAAUCUUUUAAUCCAAAUGGUGAUUAAAGAAUCUGUAUUAACAAUUAAAAUUUAAAAGUUUUAGGCAUCACAACUAUCAAGAUUGUAUAAAAGAAUAAAAAGGAGGGUGAAAAAUGACAUCUAUUGUUACACUCAGUGAGGAACAAAAACGAAGAAUAGAAGAAAACAGAAGAAAAGCUCUUGAAAAACGUGCUGCAAAAUUACAAAAUGCUUCAGGAACAAAUGGAUUUAUUAACUUACAAAAACAACAAUCAGAUUUUUAUAAUUCAAAAUCUGAUGAUAGUAGACUUCCUUCUAAGAAAAUAUUUUCAAAUAAAACAUAUAACAAUAAUAAAGUGUCAACAAGCAACUGGAAUCAUAACAACAAUAAAUUUUCUAAAAAAGCUAAUUUGCCAACAUCUGAUAAACAGAUUACAGGAACAUGUGUUCUUGUCUCACGUUCACGUUUUAUGGUUGAAAUAGGCUAUCAUUCUAAAUUAAUUGAACUUUUUCGCACUAUUCAUAGUAAAUUAUAUGAUGCUAAAGAAAAAAAGUGGAGUUUUAAUAUUAAGGAUCAUAAUACUCUUAUAAAGGCUACUAAAACUCUUUCUCCUGAAGUGGUUAUAACACCACUUCCAAAAAUAGUUGUUAAAGUUUUUUCAAAAGAUGAAGAUCCUGAAAUAAAACUUUCUCAAGAUCUUUCAGUUUUGGAUUCCUCAUUACUAGAAAGUUUGAUGCCUUUUCAAAAACAAGGAGUAAGUUUUGGUAUUAGUCUUGAAGGAAGAGUUUUGAUUGCAGAUGAUAUGGGACUUGGUAAAACAAUUCAAGCAAUUGCAAUUGCAAGAUAUUAUAAAGAAGAUUGGCCAGUUCUAGUUGUUGCUCCUUCAUCUGUACGUUAUACUUGGGUUGAAGCAUUUUUGAAUUGGUUACCAUUUCUGAAAAGGAGUAAUAUAACUGUUGUUAACACUGGCAAAGAUGAAAUAGGUAAUAAUAAAAUUCUCAUUACAAGUUAUGAUUUACUAAAAAGAAGAGCAAGUGAAUUCUUAUCAAAACGAUUUCAAAUUGUAAUUAUGGACGAAUGUCAUUUUUUAAAAAAUAUUAAAGCUGCAAGAACUGUUGCAGCAAAACCAAUAAUGCGACAAUGCAAAAGAUUAAUAAUGCUAUCUGGAACACCAGCUCUGUCACGUCCUAUAGAAUUGUAUUCUCAGAUUUCUGCAAUAAAUCCUGAAAUUUUCCCCCAUUAUCAUGAAUUUGGUUUACGUUAUUGUAAUGCUAAGAAAAUGCCUUGGGGUUGGAAUUAUGAUGGUUCAUCAAACAUGAAUGAAUUGCAGCUGUUAUUAGAAGAAACUGUUAUGAUCAGGAGAUUAAAAUCAAAUGUAAUUUCUCAACUUCCACCUAAAUCUCGUCAAAUGAUUCUGCUAGAUCCUCAUUCUAUUCAAAUUAGAAAAAAGGUUUUUGAAUCAAUGUCUGCAGAUUUGUGCAGAAAAGAAUUGAAAACUAUGGAACGUAGAGGAAUAUUACUUGAGUAUUUCAAAGAAACAAGUCAUUCAAAAUUAACAGCUGUGUGUGAUUAUAUUAAAGACUUGUUGGAAGGAGGAAAAAAAUUUGUUUGCUUUGCACAUCAUAAAGUCAUGUUAGAUGGAAUAUGUGAAGCAGUUGAAUCAACUAACUCUAAAUAUAUCAGGAUUGAUGGUUCAACAAAAUCUGAAGAAAGAAAAGACUGUUGUGACAUAUUUCAAUUUAAUGAUGAAUGUAGAAUUGCUGUGUUAAGUAUAACAGCAGCCAAUGCAGGUAUCUCACUCACAUCUACACAUUUAGUAGUAUUUGCUGAAUUGUUUUGGAAUCCUGGUAUAUUAACUCAAGCAGAAGAUAGAGUUCAUCGUAUUGGUCAAGAAGAUUCUGUGGUUAUUCAGUAUCUUGUUGCUCAAGGUACAGCUGAUGAUCAUAUUUGGCCAUUAGUACAAAGAAAAUUGAAUACUUUAAAUAAAGUGGGUUUGAGUAAAGAUAAUUUUUUUGAUGCUGAUAUGAAAAGGGCAAGAGAUCCUUUUCAACCAUUAAUUUAUCAGUUUAUGGAAGAUACUAGUGGUGAUGAUGAGUUCUGGACACAAGUUUUGAAGGAUGAAGAUGCAAAGUUAAAGGAUAAAUUAGUUACUGAACCAACUACAAAAAAAUCAAAAGUUCAUACUUUGUAUGAUAUGUUUUCAUCCUAAUAUGUAUUUAAGAUAUGCAUUUUGUACAAUUGUAUUAUUGAAGAUUUAAAGUAUCUAAUCAUUGAUAAUUUUCAUAUAAUUGACAUUGUUGAUAUAAUGCAAAUUUACUUCAAAAUAUUUUCUUUGAUUAUAUGA